CAUCAGUAGUAUUCAAUGUACCCAACUUAUACAACCCAAAAAGUAAAUAUGUACUCAAAGUUAUUUUUUUACAUGGUAUUAUUCAUCUUUGCUCCAAUUGUUGGGCGUGAAACGUAUCGUACAACUUUGAAAAACUUUGAAGUACUCCAUGUUUCUACAAAAUCACAUCAUGAUUCAUUUGUAAUCCAAGAGUUAUCACAAGCUCAUGAUUCCCUUUUUCCCUUAGCGCCAUAUUCUGCGUCAAGAAAAUGUAUUCUGGACUCAACAAUAACAUUCCAUGUACAUGAUAUACGAUUAGUUUAUGAUGAACUUGAAGCGUCAGAGUGUAGAUUGAAUACAAAUGAAAAAUACUUGGCAAUCAUUACCCCCACACCACAAAUACAUCUUAAAAUUCAUGAGGAAUUUGAACCCAAUCUUCUCCACAAGGAAAUUGAAGAUAACAUUAUUGAAAAGUUUUCCAACUUCCCAGCACUAGAUCUACCCUAUUACGAUUUUGAACAUCUCAAUUAUGAUCUAGAAUGUUCAAUAUCAUAUUUUGAUAUUGCACAAGUCAAACUAAGACAAUUGUCAUUGGAAGUAACACUUGAUAAAAGUCUUAAGAUUGCCAAAUCUUGUGGUUUCCGCAUAAUAGAUCCAGAGUUUCGCGGUGCACUCACAUCGGUGGAAAAGAUAAAGAUUCCAAUCAAUGGAACUUUCCAUUGUGUAGACGGGAGAACACCUACUUGUAAAAGAUCAAUAUCACAAGUCUCACAGGCCCAUUACCGUUUCAAAGAUGAAUUUUAACAGAGAAAUAGUUGGAGGAACUCUUUUUUAUGAAUAUAUGUAUACGAUAUUUUACUGUA